CAGAAUGACUGUGACCACUAAUAAAACAAGUCUAAGGGGGUAUGAGAGAUGCCAAUCUCUCAGAAGAUAAUCUGUUGAGGAGCAUAGUAUGGGAGAUGGUUUUAAAGGCAGCACUCAGAUCAAGAAGGAUGAGUAAGGGGAGUAAACAAGAGGCAGUUACAGGUAUCUGGGACUAUCUGAGAACAACCGCUCACUAGCACAGGAGAGGAUCCACUGUGACCAGGAUGGUGAAAAGAGUUCUGGUAGCCUAUGCCCUGUGGGCCAUGGGUGGGCCUUUGGGUCUUCACCAUCUCUACCUGGGGAGAGAUAGCCAUGCACUGCUAUGGAUGCUAACCCUGGGAGGUUUUGGUUUUGGCUGGGCCAGAGAGUUCAUACGUAUUCCUGAGUAUGUCAGUGAAGCUAACCGAGACGUUGAAACUGACAGAAGAGCUCAUAAAGGACGACUCCCACCUGUCAGCCCCUUCAGAUUCGCUGGGCAAGUAUGCGUUGGGAUCUACUUUGGCAUGGUGGCUCUGAUUGGACUUAACUCCCUCAGUUUCUUCUACCUGAUCGUUCUGCCCUUGAGUGUGGGUGCAGGGGUUCACCUGGUGUCCAAUAUUGGACAACAGACUGCAGAUCUCCAAAAAACCCUCACUGCCUGUCUGGUGACAUCUCCUAUAUUCUAUGGCAGUUCUCUGUCACCUCUUCCUAUAAGCUUAGCUGCUAGCAUUACUGCCUCACAGAAUCGCAGGUUCAAACCACCAAAUGCACAUGGCAGCCAGCAGAAAUUAGGUCCACGACUUUACAGGAUUGGUCUAGCUUGGCUGGCCUUCUCUGCUCCAUUGGGUUACUGUUUUUUUUAUAACACCACAGCAACACUGUAUUAUCUGUCUGACACAAUAGCUGCACUGUUGGAUAUAUUCUGGUUCUUGCCUUGGCUUAGAAGUGUAUUGGAGUAUUUUCUUUUAAUGCCAUAUCGCAUCCUGUGUGCACUGACCGGAGGGGGGUACCAUGAAGAGGCAUGGAGGAAGGUGCUAGAAAUACUCCUGAAAGAGUACACACAGAGAGAAAAAGAGGCAUUGAAGGUACUGUCAUUGGAGGCAGAAGCAUCCCUUGAGGAGAUAACGCGAAGCUACCGGGAGCUGGCUAAAACAUGGCAUCCAGACCACAACCCAAGCAAUGAUGCUGAGAAAAUGUUCAUGCAGGUUCAGGAAGCUUAUGAGGUCUUGAUGCGAUGGCACAAACCCAAUCGAUUCAAAUAGUAGAGCGAUAUUCCAAACAUGUUUUCCAUUAUCAAGCACCAGUGAUAA